AUGCGCGAAAAAUUCUUGAGACUGUCGCAAAUGCAACCCACAAUGACCCAUUUUUCAACUGUGGCUUUGAUUGUUUCAAAAUCCUCGCCAAAUAUCUUUUACGACAAGUUAAGUGGCAGCGAACGAGGAGUUAUCACCCUGACAAUUCGAGAUUCCCCCAAUCACCUGACCAAUUGCAAGUGUUGGGGACAACGAGCUUGCGUGGAUGAGUACGCGUCUAUUUUGCAAAUCGGUUAUGUGGUUGACAUUGUGGGCGCUAAGGUUAUGUCUAUUCCGGAGGUUCCGCUUGGCGAACGCCGCUACCAGCCACAGGCCACGUUAUCCUGCGCUCUGGUGGUCAACGAAGGAACUGGUUAUGUGGUUCGACAUCACAGCGAUGAUUCCAGUCACGCUAUUGUCCUGCAGAAGCUGCUUCAACAUCCCAUCAAGCCACUCGGCGGCGCCCUCAAACUGGCGGAUGUUCAUUCCGGUUUGGGUUACGCCAACAAGAUAAUCGCCUCUCAUGUAGAUCUACUGGUGGUGGUGGCUGCAGUACGUCCCGUACGAAAGAUUAAGAGAAAGCUGCAGGCGACUCACAGGAAGGCUGAGGAUUUGCUUCACUGCCUGGAGGUCAUUGUGGUCGAUGAAAGUUGUCCAGAGGGCAUGUUGCUCUCUGUUUGGCAACCAGAUUGGAUAAGGCGUGCCCAACAAUGGCAACCACGUCGCACUGUUCUUCAUUUGGUGAAUGUGCGCGUCGCAUUCUCGGACUUUCACCGUUGUUCCGUGCUCUCCUAUUCCAAUUGCACACUUAUUUGCGAAAAUCCUGAGGAAGAUGGCGAGUAUUGCCGUUCCUUGAGGGCUUUUGCCGCCUCGGUGCCCCUCCAAAUGAUCGAUGGCUGCGCCCAAGGGGAUAUCCUGAAUAGCCUGCCUUCAGCUGCCAGCAUCCAAACCCAGAUGACAGUAAGACAAAUAUAUUCUCGCGCUGAGGGCGAACUGCAGGAUUCGUCACCCAAUCAAUUCACAUCGUUGCUGUAUGGCAUGGUUACCAAAUUCGACCUAGAUGGAUUGUCGUCUCAUAUUAGCAGGAAGUGCACCAGCUGCCAUCGCCUCAUGCCGCGAAACGUCGAAGAUUGCGCCUCAGAUGCCUGUCAGAUGGAGUUUUUACUGGACAAUAAUGAUGGUAUUAGAUACACCAACCACUUCAACAUUAGCAUCCAGUUUUCUGACCAAACAGGCACCCUCGUUGAGACCCGGCUAGCUGGCAAUCCAGCGGAGAGGAUCUUGGGUCUUCGGCCGGAGAAGUUUGAGCAACUGACUGAGCGUGAGAAAGCUGACCUUAAGUGGCGCUUUUUGCUUAAGUAUUUCGAAGCCAGAUUGCUGAUCAAGAAACCGACUCAAAUGAGUAAAAACAUCGUGGUGGUGGUCGUCGACAUGCAAGCCAUUCCUUUGGACAAACUUGUCGAAAAGGUUACCGUGUUUUAG